AUAUAAGUGUAGCAGUAACCAAACAAUAACCAUCAUCACAAAAUUAUACACUCUGAAGUAGCAGCUACACAGAGAGUAAUAAUACAGAAAGAAACCAGAAUCAGAUCACAGAGAUCAUGAAGGACGUGAUUCUUGAAUCGCUUUUCCAAGCAGCAUCCAAAGAGUAUUUACUUAAUGCGGUCCCAAAGGUUGACAAGCCCUCUAGAGAUCAAGAAGAGAAGAAUGAGGAGAUCCAGGAGAAUAAUGAACAAAUGAACAACCUUGACAUCACCAAUUUUUUUGGGGAGACACGUGUUAAUUUAUCUAAAAUUAUUGCCAAAUAUGUGGUGAUGCUGAAUCAAAACAAACAGCGUUGCUUAGGUUUCCCUGUUAAUCUGGAAUUUGACUACGAUGCGUUGACACCAUUGUUGCAUUACCACUUGAAUAAUGCCGGUGAUCCAUUUUUAGGGAGCGGUUAUGCUCAAAAUUCAGCAAAAUUUGAAGUUUGUGUGCUUGAUUGGUUUGCCAAAUUGUGGGAGAUAGAGAAGAAUGACUAUUGGGGAUAUGUUACAACAGGUGGAACCGAAGGAAAUUUACAUGGGAUUUUAAUGGGGAGAGAAAAAUUUCAAGAUGGGAUUUUAUAUACCUCACAGAACUCGCAUUAUUCAUUAUUCAAAAUUGCAAUGAUGUAUAGAAUGCGAUGUGUAAAAGUUAACACAUUGGUGUCUGGUGAGAUGGAUUGUGCUGAUCUAAAGGCUUUACUCCUAUCUAAUAAAGACAAACCUGCAAUCAUCAACCUAAAUAUAGGAACAACUAUGAAAGGGGCAAUUGAUGACAUAGAUCUCGUAAUACAAACACUUGAGGAAAGUGGUUUUUCUCGUGAUCGAUUCUAUAUUCAUUGUGAUGGAGCUCUAUCCGGAAUAAUGUUGCCUUUUCUUAAACAGGCUCUAAAAAUUAACUUCAAGAAGCCCAUUGGAAGUAUAUCCAUUUCUGGCCAUAAGUUUUUAGGAUGUCCCAUUCCAUGUGGUGUUGCAAUAACACGCUUAGAACAUGUUAAUGCUUUAUCUAGAGAUGUUGAAUACAUUGAAUCAAGGGAUGUCACAAUCACAGGUAGCCGUUGUGGGCUUGCCGCAAUCUUCCUUUGGUAUGCACUCCAAGAAAGAGGUUUACUUGGACUUAAGAGAGAAGCUCGAAUGUGCAUCGCCAAUGCACGUCACUUACUGAAUAAACUACAUGAUAAUGGUAUUGGUGCAAUGCGGAAUGAGUUUAGCAUCACAGUUGUGUUUGAAAGGCCUCCAGAUGAUGACUUUGUGCGAAAGUGGAGUUUGUCUUGUGAAGGAGAUGUUGCACAUGUGGUUGUGAUGAAGCAUGUUACUAUUGAAAUGAUAGACUCUUUUGUUGGUGAGCUUGUGAAAAAAAGAUCCAUAUGGUUUCAAGGUGGACAAAUAAAACCCCCAUGCAUUGCAAACACUGUUGGUAGAGAAAAUUGUGCUUGUGCAUUGCAUAACUCUUUCUAACCGAAGGAGGAAUGCAUCGGGUAAUAUAAAUGGGUUAUGUGCUAUUAUAAUUGACAAAAUUGUUGUACUCUCAAAUAUUAGACACUUUUUUUUAAUGACUCAAAUAAAAUGGUUGUAUUGAACCAUAAGUUGCA